AUGGACAUUAGCUCUGCACCUCCCAGUGAUGAUGCAUCUGAUGAGGACUCUGAGGAAGAUGAAAGUGAUGAUGAAAGCACUGAAGAAAAUGCAAAUGAUGCAGCUGAUGACGAUGCAACUGAUGAUGCUCCAAUUCCCUCUUCUCCUUCCACAUAUGUCAUUCCACCUUCUUAUUCUUCAUUAACCAUUGAUGAUUUUGUCAAUCCAUAUCAUCUUAGUAAUUCAGACGAUCCUGGCGUUUUUCUUGUUUCUCAUGUCUUGACCAGAGAUAACUAUCAUACAUGGAGUCGAUCGAUGCUCACUUCUUUGAAUGCAAAGAAUAAGAUAACUUUCAUUGAUGGAUCCCUCCCUCAACCACCAAUUUCUGAUUCUCUUCACUAUCCAUGGAGCCACUGUAAUAGCAUGGUUGUGGCAUGGCUUCUCAAUUCAAUUUAUAAGGAGAUUGUAGCCAGUGUCAUCUAUGCGACCACUACUCGUGCAAUUUGGUUGGAUCUUCAUGAUCGUUUCUCUCAUAGCAACGUUCCUCGCAUUCUGGCUUCUCCAUCUAACUUUACUUCUAAUGAUUCUAAUAUUCUAGUUUCUGUUCCUCCUUGUCAUUCUACUCGUAUUCGUCAUCCUCCAUCAUAUUUACGUGAUUACCACUAUAAUCUGGCCAAUGUUUCACAACCCGGCAAGUCUGUUCUUCAUUUCUCUCGGCCUUCUUCAGUUCUUAUCAUCUAUGUUAAUGACAUUGUAGUUGCUAGUUCUAAUAUGUCUUGCAUUACUGCUAUUAAAUCUUUUCUUGAUGAGAAGUUUAAGAUUAAGGAACUCGGCUCCUUGUGUUAUUUCUUAGGUUUGGAGAAUCUCAAACUUUCCAAUGAAGAUGGUGAGUUACUUGCUAGUCCAUUACCUUAUAGAAGGCUCGUUGGUCACCUGCUAUAUCUUACUAUCACUCGACCUAACUUGACAUACAGUGUUCAAGUUCUAAGCCAGUUUAUGGCCAAUCCACGUACUCCUCAUUUCGAAGCUGCUGAACGUGUCCUACGUUAUCUUAAAUCUAGUCCUGGUCAUGGAUUGUUCUUCUCAAAUAGCUCAAGUUUUCAACUUAGUGCCUUCACUGACUCAAAUUGGGCCAGCUGCUCUGCAAAUCGAAGAUUUUUUAUUGGUUUUUGUAUCUUUCUUGGUUCAUCUCUCAUUUCCUGGCUUUCUAAAGGUUGA